AUGCUCCGGGAAGUACUUCUCGAAAUAGCGAUAGAACCGCGUCGGAUCGGUGAUGUUCUUGUCGAAGCCGAAUAUCAUGAUGGUGUGCAGCUGCGGCCGCAGCAUGACGGUGAUCUGCUUGCCCUUGUUGACCUUCUGCUUGAACUUGAGGAUGUGCACGUACACGAUGAUCGAGUAUAUCCACGUCGUGGCAUAGAGCGUCCAGACCGUGACUUUGCACGUACGCAGAUCUUCUAUGGAGUAGGUGAGCAGAAAGUGAGGUUUGUUGUUCACGGUAAGAUGGGUGAAGAUGACGAUGUUGGACACAAUGGCCACCACGGAGCAGAUGAGCAGCAUGAUGCACGUGCUUCGCAUGAAGCCGAGGUACAGCACCGCCUCAUUGUUCCGGAUCUUGUUGUGCUUCCCGUGAUAGAGGUAGUACCACCAGGUGUCCUUGCGCUUCUGUCUGGUCGUGGUCUUCUCUCCUUCCGUCGAGGCGAAUUAGAGCUCGAAACUAAAGGGCAACGUCGGCGAUCCUCAUCGCUCGGGGAACCACCUACCGCUACUGCUGCUGUCGUAACUGCUUUGGUAGGUGACUCUGUACUUCACAUCGUCAAUCGUGACGCGCCUGUUGUCAGCCUGGGUCUGUUCCUGCUGCUUCCUCCGGUUCAGGAAGUGCAGCCCUUGCAGGCUGUUCUGGAUCAGCAGGAUGAUUUUGGUCCUUUUGCUACACCACAGCACCACGCUGGCCACGAACACGGUGAUAUCUAUGGAUAUGAUGAUAAUGAAGUUCCUCAGGGCGCGCUCCAUGGUUGCGGUCGUUCGGGCGCUGGCGGCGUAAGGGCGGCCAUACGUGCCGCUGUGCUUCGGUUCAUGCGGCGUCAGUUGCCGCCGAUGUCGGCAUUUUGGCGUAAGGGCAACUUCGUGUGA